UCCUCCCAUUCUAAUGGAACAUAUAAAGAGAAUGCUGCUUACCCCAACGUUCUGUGAGAGCGGUUCAGAUACCCACUCCAGGUAUGCUGAGCUCUUCAAUAAACUGGACAUUAACAAAGAUGGCAAAGUGGACAUCACAGAGCUGCAGGAGGGGCUCCGAGCUAUGGGGAUGCCUACAGGCAAAGGCGCGGAAGAGAAAAUAGUGGCUGCAGGAGAUACCAACAAGGAUGGACAAUUGGAUUUUGGGGAGUUUAUCAAAUACUUGGAAGAACAUGAGAAAAAAAUGAAAAUCGCUUUUACAAGCCUCGACAAAAACAAAGAUGGAAGGAUUGAAGCAUCUGAGAUAAUGAACUCGCUCAAAACCCUGGGGAUAAACAUUUCUGCAGACCAUGCUGGCAAAAUUCUACAGAGUAUGGAUGCAGAUGGAACCCUAACAGUGGAUUGGAAUGAAUGGAGAGACCAUUUUUUAUUCAAUCCAGCAGAUAACAUAGAGGAAAUUAUCCGCUACUGGAAGCACUCAACUGUACUAGAUAUUGGAGACAGUCUCACAAUCCCAGAUGAAUUCACAGAGGAAGAGAAGAAGACUGGCCAGUGGUGGAGGCAGUUGUUGGCCGGAGCGAUGGCUGGAGCAGUGUCCAGAACAGGAACUGCUCCUCUGGACCGUCUUAAAGUCAUGAUGCAGGUGCACGGAAGCAAAGGAAACUCUAACAUGCUGGCGGGACUAAAGCAGAUGGUAAAGGAAGGAGGUAUCCGAUCCUUGUGGAGAGGAAAUGGGGUCAAUGUCAUUAAGAUUGCCCCCGAGACAGCCAUGAAGUUCUAUGCAUAUGAACAUUACAAGAAGCUGUUUACCUCAGAAAGCGGCAAGUUGGGUGCUGCUGAGAGAUUUGUCGCAGGGUCACUUGCUGGAGCAACAGCUCAGACGUCCAUCUACCCCAUGGAGGUAAUGAAGACCCGUUUAGCUGUUGGAAAAACCGGGCAAUACGAUGGCAUGUUUGACUGUGCCAAGAAGAUCCUGAAGAAGGAAGGUGUGCGGGCUUUCUAUAAGGGAUACAUACCGAACAUCUUGGGUAUCAUACCUUAUGCUGGCAUAGACCUUGCUAUAUACGAGACUCUUAAGAACUAUUGGCUUCAAACGUAUGCAACAGAUUCUGCGAACCCAGGGGUAUUGGUCCUGCUGGGCUGUGGCACUGCAUCCAGCACGUGUGGUCAGCUUGCCAGCUACCCUCUGGCCCUCAUCAGGACACGAAUGCAAGCACAAGCAUCCAUUGAGGGAGCCCCUCAACUCAGCAUGGGAGGCCUUUUCCGCAAUAUUGUGGCCAAGGAGGGUUUUUUUGGACUCUACAGGGGUAUUGCCCCCAAUUUCCUGAAAGUGCUUCCUGCUGUUAGUAUCAGCUACGUGGUGUAUGAAAAGAUGAAGGUUCGGCUUGGCAUCUAAUUGAUCACUCCGUCCAAUUUUCUUACUCAGGAACAUCAGUGUGUGCGCGAGAGUAAUUCUGGUGAAAAUCUCAACAUCUAAACUCUUCUGCUGCCAUCUUGUCUUACUGUGGAACUCACCAGCUGUGAAGCAGUUAAAAAAAAAAAAAUGCCAAAAACGAUUUUUACAUUUUUAUUUUUUGUGAUACCAACGUUUCCUUCCAGUUUUUAUUUUCUUUCUUUCUAUAUUCGAUUAAUUGGAAAAACUAUCAAGCCUUAGAAUCUGUCACGGGCUGGAUCAUGGAGCAUUAUUU